AUGGCAGGGGAUGAAGCUAUUAAAUAUGCUUCUACAACCGCCACCACCACUACUCCUAUGUCCAAAUCAAACAAAUCAACCAUGAAAAGGUUCAUUGGUGUGAGGCAGAGGCCUUCAGGAAGAUGGGUGGCUGAGAUCAAAGACUCAUCACAACAUGUGAGAUUAUGGCUUGGGACCUAUGACACACCGGAGGAGGCUGCAAGGGCCUAUGACGAAGCGGCACGUGUCCUACGAGGCGAAAAUGCAAGAACAAACUUUGCAUUAUUUGGUUCUGAUACCGAUAGAAAUUCCAGUAAAUUAUUAUCUGAGUCUGACGGAAAAAGCAGACUGAGUUUUCCUUCGUUAAAGGCGAAACUCAGUAAAAAUCUUCAGAACAUUCUAGCAAGAACAAGCGAUAGUAACAAUAACAGCACGAAAUCUUCGUCGGCAAAGAGUAGGGUGAGUGAUCAUUUCACUUUUGCUAGCAUAUUCAAAAGAAGAAAUUGUUACCAACAAUACCCUCAUCAAAUGCCUAGUCCAAUUGAUAUGAAGAACAUUGAUAAAGUUGUGCAACCUAGUAUCAUUGUUCCCCCUUUGGAAAAUGAUCAUAAUCACAACAAUAAUCAUAAUGGUUCUUCAACAUCAUGGGAAAAUUCUAGUGUUUCUGAUUGUAGUAGUUGUGAUUGGUUUGGAUCAGAUUUUGGAGAUUUCAGUGUUGGUGAUCAAGGGUAUUUGGAUCAAUUGUUGGGGUGGGUUGAAAGUUCAAAUCUUUGUCCAAAUGGGGUUGGUGAUUUUGAUGAUGAGAGUUCAAGAAGUAAGAGGUUUAAGGUGUCUUCUACAGUUCUUGUUCCUCCUACUUUCACUUCUUCAUCAUAUGAUUAUUGUGGUUCACCUUAUGAUUAUUAUAAUUAUAAUACUAAUAAUGGAUGUGGCUCUCCAUGUAGUGGUUAUGCCUCUCCAUAUAAUGGUAGGAAGUAA